CUCAGGGUAUAAAUAGAGGGGGCUCUGGCUCUGAGUCUGCAUCCGAUAGGAGCCUAAGCUCAGAACUGAAUCUUCGUCUGUCUCUAUUCCCUAGUAUCCUUCCAAAAGCCAUGGCCCCCAACGCUAUUUCCAUGGACAUUCUCACUCCUAAAGAGAAAAAUCGACUGAGGAAGCCGGUGGUGGAAAAGAUGCGCCGGGACCGCAUCAACAGCAGCAUCGAGCAGCUGAAACUGUUGCUGGAGAAAGAGUUCCAGAGACACCAGCCCAACUCAAAGCUGGAGAAGGCUGACAUCCUAGAGAUGACCGUCAGCUACCUGAAACACAGCAAAGCUUUUGCAUCUUGCCCCAAGAGCUUGCAACAGGACUACAGUGAAGGUUACUCUUGGUGCCUCAAAGAAGCAGUCCAGUUUCUGACCUUGCACUCGGCCAACACAGACACCCAGAUGAAGCUGCUUUAUCACUUCCAGCGGCCACAGGCGUCUCUGACCACUAUUCAAGACUUGAAAGCACCUUCCUCCUCUCCCUUGUCCCCUGCUGCCUCGACCAAGCCAGCCCCUGGACAGUCACCUUCUGGCAGUAGCCUCUGGCGGCCCUGGUAGGACCAGGAGGACUCUGAAUGGUGGGGACCCAUGCUUACUAGAUCCAGAGGAAAAUCCGGACUUGCUUUCCAAGUCUCUGGCUCCUCUAGAAUGUAGAGCAAAAUGCUUUGUCCCUUUCCUUUAUAGAGCACUGAGUGCUCCAUUUUUUUAUCUUUCCCUUCUCAUCGAAGGAUAUUGAUUCUCCUUGCCUAGUCUAUUGGGUCAGAGAGAGGGCCAUUCUAAAAGAAUGUAAAGUAAUGUUCCUUGAGGGAUGACUUGACUGUUGGGCCAAUCUUCCAUGAAGAAGGCUUAAUAUUAUCUAACCUGAUUAAUCAAGGUUGCGAUGUGUUGGUCUGUACCCCAGCAACAGUAACUUCAGCAAGUUUGUCCACAUUGUGGUACCAGAGGGGUCCUAGAAUUCCAUUAGCACAUGCGGGGGUAUGCUGAGAAAAGUGACAGUCCCCCAUGGGACCCAUUGUAGAGGGCAUCCUUCAGGGCAUGUGCCAAUUUCAAGUAGAGUGUGCAGUGCUGUGGGGCAGAUAGACCAGUGUUGAUGCCUUUUGCAAAGGCAGUACCCAGUGCAUAUCCUUAUAGGAAAGAAAGUAACAACUAUUGUUGUUUUUAUGAUGGAUGUAUUUAUUAGAAGCCUUUCCAGGAAAGGCCA